AGGCUGGAAAUCAGAAUCCAAACGGAGAGGGAGGGAGUAACGAAAAACGUAAGAGGAUCGUUGGAGCGAAUUCGCCGAUGGCAGAGAGACAGAAAUCGAGAACUCGUUCUCGCAGUGGAGGUAUCAAGAUGCGCCAGCUGAGUAUACUGGUCUCAUCGGAUGGAGAGGGUAAAGCGAAAGAACCACAAAAGGCGACGAUCGAAGGCGAUCCGGAGGAAGCGGAGAAAGCUAGCAAGAGUCCUGUAAAGUUGGAGGACAUGAUGAGGAUGUUGGCUGUCAUCGCUGGCAAGGUGAAUGUAGACAACGUGAAUGAUGGGACAAAGGGUGAGAUUUUUGUCAUGGCUAAGUCUAGCGUAGUGCACAACGAGGUGGAUCCGAACGAACAAGAGAGCGAGAAUUCAGAAGAUGAUGGAUGCAAACUCAAGGUGAACAAAGCUAGCGGCGUCGGUGGAGGGAAGAAUGAGGUCGGGAUCGUAGAGUAUAUGCGACAAACGCUCGACCAUUAUAUGGAAAUGAAUGAGAGAAAGUUAAAAAGUUUGUGUGCUAAGAGGAAUGUUAAAUGGGAACGCAAAGACAAGGGGGGCUGGGAACUCGCAAAGCAGGACACUGAUGAGUUCACGAAGUUGAUUAAUGGGGACGACGAGUUAGCUGGUGACGAUGAACCUCACUCUGGGAGAGUGGAGACAGGUAAUGAACAUGACGGAUCGGAGGAAGAGCAUGGGUCAGACGGGGUACCGAGGAACUAGUUCCCUCAAGACGGAGACUAUUACAUUCACUACGAAGAAUAAGUCAAGCUAUCCCAAGA